UUGCUUCUUACCGUUUUGUUGGUAACAAUUAGUUUUUUGUGCCUUUUGUGACCUUCUUGUUUCCUCUCCAUUAGUAAAAAUAAUUGAUCAAAUCCAAAGAAGGAUGAGGACGCAUUAAGGAAACACAGAAUUGUGUUACAUGAUCAAACAAUCGAUUCUUCUUUUGUCAGGUUUUUCUGUCACAGGAUUUACCAAGUACCUAAGAAACCAAUAAAAAAACAAGGAGAAAAAAGAAAAGAAAAAAACAGUGUUGGUCAUUGUUCAUUAAAAAUUUGCAAAAAUGAAUGACUUGUUUUCAAGCUCCUUCAAGAAAUAUAGUGACUUGAAGGAGCAAGCUCACAUGGAUGAUAUAGAAGCAGGAAAAGAAAGCAUCAACCUUGAUAAAUUCUUUGAGGAUGUUGAGAAUGUGAAAGAAGACAUGAGGCUAGUUGAGAAGCUUUAUAGAAAAUUACAAGAGGCAAAUGAAGAAAGCAAAAUUGUCCAUAAUGCUAAAACAAUGAAAGAUCUUCGAGCAAGGAUGGAUCAAGACGUUGAACAGGUUCUCAAAAGAGUUAAAAUCAUAAAGGGUAAGCUCGAAACAUUAGAACGUUCGAAUGCCGCGAAUAGAAAGAUUGCAGGGUGUGGUCCAGGUUCAUCGGCAGAUAGAACAAGAACUUCAGUGGUUAGUGGAUUGGGAAAAAAACUCAAAGAUAUGAUGGAUGAUUUUCAAGGGUUAAGAGCAAGAAUGCAACAAGAGUACAAGGAAACAAUUGAAAGAAGGUAUUUUACAAUAACAGGUGAGAAAGCUGAUGAAGACACAAUUGAGAAUUUGAUAUCAAGUGGAGAAAGUGAAACUUUUAUGCAGAGAGCAAUUCAGGAACAGGGUAGGGGUCAAAUUAUGGACACGAUAUCUGAGAUUCAAGAAAGACAUGAUGCUGUUAAGGAAAUAGAGAAAAACUUGAUUGAAUUACAUCAAGUUUUUCUGGACAUGGCAGCACUUGUUGAAUCACAAGGACAACAACUGAAUAACAUAGAGAGUCAUGUCGCACAUGCUAGUUCUUUUGUUAGGAGAGGUACUGAACAACUUCACGAGGCUAGAGAGCAUCAAAAGGAUUCAAGGAAAUGGACAUGUUAUGCCAUACUUCUUGGUCUUGUUCUCAUCAUUGUGAUCCUGUUUCCAUUCUUGAUGUCAAUUCUACCUCACUUGAUACUGUAGAAUUAAAAGGGUCAGUCAAGUCACCAUCAUAUCAUUAAACAAAGAAUCAUACAGAGUAUUAGAUUUUCUGCAUUCUGAAAUGUGCUUGAGCUAGCAGCAGAAAAUGGGAAAUUGUUUGUUGAGGCAUUUCUUCAAGCAUUUCGUGUGCACAAAGAUAAAACCAAGAAGCCAUAGAACUGUGUUUUUCUGAUUUUUCUUUUUUGGAUUUCCAUGGAACUGUAAUAAUAUAGCAAGAGAACAAGUCCAAACAUGACAAUGACGGCAUUGUAAUAGAAAGUUGACACAAGAUUUCUGUAAUCUUGAUCAGCUUUUUUUUUCUCCUCUUUUCUCUUUUUGUUGC